AUGGGAAAGAGUGAAAAAAUCAGCAAGUCAGAAAUUCCACUCACAGCUGUGAGAUCUGAAGAGACAGAAAAGCACCACAAGAAAAGCAAGAAAGAAAAGAAAGACAAGAAAGACAAGGAUAGCAGUAGCAAGCGAAAGAGAUCCACAGAUGAAGAGUCAGAAGAAGAAAAGGUUGUAGUAGAGACCAAGAAGGCCAAGAAGGAGAAAAAGGAAAAGAAGGAAAAGAAAGAGAAGAAGAGCAAGAAAGACAAGGAGAGUGAAACCAGUGAUUCAGAUGAUACCAAAAAGGACCGUGCUCAUGCCUGUGCAACAUCUACACCAAAGGUAUCCAAAGUAGAAGAAGAGAAAAUAGAGGAACCUGCGGCAACCACUGGAUGGAAUGACUGGUCAAAAGCCUCGUUUGGAGGUAACCAGGAACAGAAGAGCAAAUUCAUGCGUUUAUUGGGUGCCAACAAGGCAGGAAAUAAGGAAGCCGCACCUGCACCCAAGAAGAAGGGAGGUUUGUUUGGCUCCUUGAAGAGCGCAAUAGAUGAGGAUGAGAACCAGCGUAUUGCCAAUGAUCUUGAAAAGCAGUUCCAGGGCGGUUUGCAAAUGAGAAAACAGCAAUACACUGGCCAAAGAGGUGGUCUCGGAUUCAGUCGAUAAUAUAUAUAAUUUUUUUUUAAAAAAAAAUACUAGUAAAAUAAUAAUAAUAAUAAUAAUAAUAAAGA